UAUGGCGGCCCCCACGGUUAGUCGCUGCCGCAGUUGGUUUCAGACCGGGAGCUUUGGCGUUAGGAACGUCGCUCAGGUGCGCUGGCGGAAGAGCCUGGUGGGUGCUAGUACGCUGCGUGGCAGCGCAAGCAAGACUACAGCCGAAAAGAACUGUGAUGCUCCCUGGACAGCAGUGGUAGGCCUGGAAAUUCAUGCACAGAUCUGCUCCAACUCAAAGCUCUUUUCAGGUUCACAAGUCAAGUUUGCAGCACCACCUAAUUCUCUAGUAUCAUUCUUUGAUGCAUCUCUACCAGGAACCCUACCAGUUCUCAACAGGAGAUGCGUCGAAGCAGCAGUGACAACUGGCCUUGCUCUGAACUGCACCAUAAACAAGAAGUCCUUGUUUGACAGGAAACACUAUUUCUACGCUGAUCUGCCUGCUGGCUACCAGAUCACUCAGCAAAGGCUUCCAGUUGCUGUGAAUGGGAGUCUGUCGUACAGCCUGUGUGUCGGGAAAAACCAAAAUGAAAUGGUAAGCAGGACUGCGAGAAUCAGGCAGAUACAGCUGGAGCAAGACAGUGGAAAGAGCCUUCACGACGACGCAAGGGGCCAGACACUUGUUGACUUGAACAGAGCAGGAGUUGGCCUCAUGGAGGUUGUCAUGGAGCCCGAUAUGUGCUGUGGGGAAGAAGCAGCUGCGGCGGUGAGAGAGCUUCAGCUUAUCCUUCAGGCGAUUGGGAGCAGCCAAGCAAACAUGGCAGAGGGCCAACUGAGAGUCGAUGCCAACAUCUCUGUACAUCAUCCUGGACAGCCAUACGGAGUAAGGACUGAAGUAAAGAAUAUCAACAGUGCCCGCUUUCUUGCCAAGGCAAUAGAUUAUGAAAUACAAAGGCAAGUUAAUGAGCUGGAGAAUGGUGGAACAAUCCUGAAUGAAACUAGAGCCUUUGAUUUCAGACUUGGGUGCACCAUAGCAAUGAGAGAUAAAGAAGGAAAGCAGGACUACCGGUUCAUGCCAGAACCAAACCUUCCACCAUUGAUUCUGUACGAUGCUAAAUCUUUGCCCACUCGUACAUGCCAUCAUCAAGUGGUGAAUAUUGAUCAGCUUCGGGAAAAGAUUCCUGACCUCCCCAGUGUGAAGAGAGCAAAGCUUGUGGAACGCUAUGGGAUUCAGCCUCUGCACAGUUUCACCCUGGUGAAUGAAGAUGGCUUAAUGGAAUUCUUUGAAACGGUGGUGACAGCAACCCAGAUGAAUCCUAGAAAAGUUAUUGGCUGGAUUCUGAAAGAUAUGCUCGGCUAUUUGAAACAGCAUAACCUAGUGGUAGAAGAAAGUCCAGUCAGUCCUCUUCUUCUGGCUGAACUUCUGAACCUUCUAGAAAGUGGAAUGAUUUCAUCGUCAGCAGCCAAGCAAGUGUUGGAAAUAAUGUGGAAUGGGGAGGGGAAAUCUCCAGCUCUGAUUGUCAAAGAAAAGAAGCUUGAACUGAUUCAAGAUCAGAAUGAGCUUGAGCACAUCUGCCGAGCUGUGAUGGACAGCCAUCAGAAAGAGGUGGCAGAGAUUAAAAAAGGAAACCAAAAAGUGCUGAAUAAGCUGAUUGGACAGGUUCAGAGAACAACAGGAGGAAGAUCUGAUCCAGUCUCUGUGAAACAAAUACUGGAGAAACAGCUGUCCUUGCAGCCCAGGAAGAAAACCCCUUAGCUGAUUUGUCAUUGCUGCAUCUGUAGCCAACCAGACUGCUGUAGAGACUUGACUGCUUUGUUGAUCAGUGAAUCAGAUGGUAGCAGUUGCUUUUUGGGACAUCUGUCAAACCAGAGAAUAAGUGAAAGAACUAAAGCUGUACUAAAGCUGUGCUGUAUUUGGGCCUUUCCUUUGAAAGCCAUUUGUUUGUAAAGUAACAGAGAAAGAGUUAGCAUUUAAUGAUAUAUGUCUCUGAAGUGUGUAAACACAAACCUCUUUAAGCUGUUUCUGAAAUACUCAGGACACUCAAACAACAGAAAACAUUCUCAUUUGCUUGCAUGACCACCACAGAGGCCUCCAGACAAGUGUCUUUCUGCUCCACUCAUACCAUUCUUGGGCCUCCACACAGAUGUUACAUUUGAAAGGAUAUUAUGCUGCUGUUUCCUCAGUAGCACCUUGUCCAGUCCCUGGAAUUUAUUACCACUCGUCUCGCAGCCAAACAUACCAGGUAUGGCAUACAAGGUCUCUUCUCUCUAUUGUGAAUUCCAUUUGCCUCAGCCCACGUGAGAAUGGUUCUAGUAUUUUUUUAAUUUAAAUUCUGGAUCUCUUAAAGUGAAAAUAGAGCAAAGAAUUCCUAAUGAGCCGUUCCUGAAUAUGUAAAUAAGAUAUUAAAUGUAUACUAUUUCAGGAUUACUGUAAAGGUAAGCUCCCUUAAGUCAGUAGUCCCAACACUGCAUCAUGCUUAUUCCUUAGGCAAAUGAAACAUCGUUUUUACUCUGGGAUCUGUCUUGGAGAAGGAAGAAAUCACAUUCUUCUAGAGGCCAUUUCCCCUCAUUGAUUUUCUGCUAAAUAUGGAUAUUGUGGUCUCCUCUUUUUUGAGAAGUAAAUAAAAGGCCUUGAUGAGAGCAAAGUGUGUUUAAAUUUUGAUCUUGGUUUGAAAAAGUUUGUGCAAAAAGAUCACACACUUGCAACUCUUACAUUGUGGAACCAAAUACUAUCAAGCAGCUUAAAGCAGAUCAGUUAUUCUCUCUGGAAUGUAAAGCCGACUCCUACCAGAAUCAUGCUUUAGUAGAUGCUUCAAGCACUACUGAGAAGAAAUAUUUUGCUUUUUGGACUGAAGCCAAGAAGAAACUAUGACGAGCCUUUCAAAUGAGACCUUUAGGUUUUUAACAUCAUCUAAAGAAAGCAAAAUGCCUGGUAUUUACAGGCUUUAUAGAGUAGCAAAGGAGCACGUGGAACUGUUUGAAAUGUUUAAUGAAUAACAGUUGUACACAAAAAUAACAAGAUUUUAUGUACAAUAAAACAGUAAUGUUACAUUGACUUGUGUUUUUUUUCCUGGAAAGCAAAGGAUUUACUGGUAAUCAAAUAUCAGACAUGUUGGAUCAUUUAUUUGUACUUUUAAAUAAACACCUAGAGGCUACAUUUCUAAUACGCUUUUUUCUCUACAGUUGAGCAUUAAAUCAGCCAAUGUUUUGUUUAGCAAUUUGUACUCCUCUUCCCACCC